AUGAAGCUAUCGGUUCCGCGACUUGCGGCCCGGGGAGCCCGCGGAGGCUCUUCACACACUGGAAACUCAAUAUACACACCAUCGCGCAGUCUGUCAUCUUUGCAAACUUUAUCCGCGCGGCCAACCCUCAAGCACAAUGCAACCUGCUCCCGACGAGAUAUCACCAAUGCUGCAACUCAAUCAACACCUACAAAUGAACCAGCACAACCCUCAACGACUAAUACAUCCAAUAAAAACGCCCUCACAUCCUCAAUAUCCGAACAUGUCCGCCUUCUCAUGCGCCGAGUUCCCUACCCCGUCGCCAUAAUCACAGCAACAGAUCCCACCGGACCUCAAGGCGCAUCCUCAUUCCGUGGCAUGACAGUCUCCUCAUUUAAUACUGUCACCCUCACACCACACCCGAUCAUCUCAUUCAACGUGCGCAGACCAUCAGAGACAUUAAACGCUCUACUCGCCUCCCGAAGAUUCCUAGUUCAUCUACUCGCCCCAGGACCAGCAACCGCUACACUUGCAAGAGAUUUCUCGAAGGGCAACAGCACGCUUUCGAGUAUCUUGAGCGGACAUGGUGAUUUUGAGUUUGGGCCGUUGGAUGUGUCUACUGGCGCCCCGGGCUCAGAAUCUGAGAACCCUCUUCCUAUUUUGAGGAGACGGGGUGGUUCGAAUGAAUUAAAGAGCAAUGACAGGAUUGAUUUUCCGUUCGUGCUUGAAUGUACUCUUCACCCGCAGAGGAUCGAUGUGCAGGACCACUCGAUUGUUCUGGGGACUGUCGUUCGCGCGGUUGAGGGUGUAGGUGCUGCGCAAGAUAUUGUCGAUGAGCAUUCGGCGGAGCGGUUAUGCUUGUCGUAUGCCAAUACUAAGUUUUGGAAGAUGGGGAAUGAGAUUUAA